AUGAAGAAUAUACUGAUGCAGGAUCACAUAAAAAUGACAGAUUAUGAAUAUAAUAUGAAAAAUUAUGAAGAGAAAGACUUGAGUUAAAAAAUAUAUAGUAUUAAUAUUUUGUAAAGGGAUUUAGAAUUUUAAAACAAGAUUAUUUUAAGGAUUCAAUCCAUAAUAACUUCAGAUAUAAUGAUAUCGUAAAGGAAUCUCUAAUUAAUAGAAAGUGAUAACAAAACCUAUUAAUUUCAUAUUAUUCCAAUAAUUGUAAUGAUAUCGUUGGCUGAAGAAUACAAAGUAAAAUAACUUUGAAUUUGAUAGGUCAUUUGGACAUUAAAAGAUGCCGAUAAUAUAAUUCAAUUUUAAGAAAAGAACAAUUCAAACUUUUCAUUUGUUUAAUGUAUUUGUAUCACUUUUAUCCUUCUAAAACAGGGUUGCAUCCGAUUUAUAGUUUCAGUAUUGUAUCAACUUUUACUCCAUCCCUCCUGA